GACGUAUUCUUCGUCAUCGUACAAAAAAAAUAUUUUCCCAUAAUACGAACUACGGCAACUCUUUGGUUCGUACGAUUCACAAAAAACCCCGACGUUCGGAUGGGUACGAAAACGAUGGGUAGUCAGGAAUUACUUCCAUCGCCAAGAACAUGUAAUAUCUUCUUCAAGUCGACGACGUCUUGAAACCAAAACCAUUCCAGUAUCGGUCGUACUCCUGUCACUUCGUACAUCAGAACAUCACAAGGUUGAUGAACAAAGCCAUCGAUAACGAUGAGGCGGUCGUACCAACAAGUCCACUCGACGUGUGCAAUUUUUGGUUGAAGAUGCUAGAAGAAGCUGUGGUAGAUAGGAUUACUAGGAUGAAUUGAGAUUCACUAGAAACCUCUUGUCUGUCAUCUGAGGCUCCUCCAUCAUUUUUCUGACAACCACACCAGCAGUUUCCACAAACCCCGUUGCUCACAAACUACCAUUUCGAGUUUCCUAAUCACAUAUUUCGGAAUUGAAGCAUAUGCAUUUCAAGUAAACAAAACCCGAUUGACGCAAAAGCAAAAAUAACUCGAAGGUCUUGUGUGUGUACGCAUCUUGCUUCUAUCAUAACUUCUUGAAGAAUCGCACACUUCUUACUCUCACUUCGCCACGCGCUUCUCGUUCCUUCUCCUGAGCACGAGGCAUCAAGAUGUCAAGUGGUCGGCGGGGUCACCAUCCGAUGAUACCCCCACCGGGGUACCGCUUUGUCCCGAAGCAGCAGCACGUGUGCGGCCAGGCGGGCUGUUUCGAGUGCUACGACAUCUGGUGCGAGCGCUGCGAGUCCAAGGAUCGGCGGAUUCUGGAGUUGGAAAUGCGCAACAAUGAACUCGUCAAGCACAUUACGCUGCUGCAAGCCAAACUGUUUCCGAGGGGUGGUAGUCCCGGAGCGAACCAAGGUACUACUGGGUGACUUUAACUGUAGUGAAUCCUUGUAGCUAGAGUAGAAACACAAACAGUAAAAGAAGGUAAAAAAAAUGCGGUCUGCAUCAAGCCCAGCUCAGUGCAGCCGGCUGCUUCAAGAUCAUCAGAAUCAAAGUUUUCAUGAAAAAACAGGUUUGAUGGGCCAAGUGCAGUCACCGGUAAUGUUCGACCCAAGCAGACAAGCCGACUACACCGCUGUGACGACGUUUCAACAAGCGGGACGAUAAAUGUUUGCAAUUUGACUCCGAACGUUGGAUUGUUGCUACCCCAAGAAAUUCAGUAGUUAGCUCUUCAUAUAUGGAUGUAGAUUCGCAAUCUGUAUUAUUUCCCAAGUAAGUGAGUAAGUAUUUCUAUUUUCUUUUUUGUUUUUCCUGUAGUGGUUUGGGCAAGCACGACAAUAUACUGUGUCCACGCUUAGCACCAUUUUUCCUUACCAUUCCUGGUUUUUUUGCAACAUGAGAUGGUUCCACUUCAGUUGAAUCUUCUACCCUAAGAAAGGUUGGCCUUGAUGUCCCGCUCCCGGUUUGUUUCUGCUACCAUGCUUACUACGCGAGUGAUGGUGCAUAGUUUAAAAAGUAACAUGACGAAGCUCUCCGAUCAUUUUUUCGCUCUCUAGUUGCAGCGAGCUGAAGCUGCAAGAUUAGCACGCGUCUGGCCAUUGUGACAAGACCAAGAUUUUCUCGCGCAUGUUUGUUGGUUGCGGCUCAGCAUUAUUAAGAGUCCAAAAAAAAUAAAUAUCGCUCGUCAACACAGAG